AUGGCUUCUCAAGGAAGACUCUCAGGCAAGGUCGCCAUCGUUACCGGCGGAGGCUCCGGCUUUGGCCUCACCAUUAGCGAAGUGUAUGCUCGCGAGGGCGCCAAACUGAUCAUCGGUGAUUUGAACACAGCUGGUGCCGCCCACAUUGCCGAGCAAUACCCAAGCAACAUCGUACUUCAGCAAAUGAACGUCACGAAGCGAGCCGACUGGGACGCUGCUGUCGCUGCUGCCCACGAGAAAUUCGGCACCCUCGACAUCGUUGUUAACAAUGCCGGAACGAGUUACAAGAACAAGCCCACGCUCGAGGUGACCGAGGAGGAAUAUGCCCGGUGCUUCGAUGUCAAUGUCCUCGGCAUCUUCCACAGCGUGGCUGCUGCCUUCCCUGGCUUUGUAGAGCGCAAGGGCGGCAUCAUGGUCAAUAUCAGCAGUUGCGGCGCCUCCAGACCCAGACAGGGUUUGGUUUGGUAUAAUGCAAGCAAGGGCGCGGUAUCUAAUGCUACUCAGGGUUUGGCUUUGGAAUUCGGACCUCACCAAAUUCGCGUGAACAGCAUCUGCCCUCUCCUUUGCGGAACUGGCCUAUUUGAGAGCUUCGCUGGUGUCCCCGAUACUCCCGAGAACCGACAGAAGUUUUUGGGCAAUGUGCCCCUCGGCCGCCUUACCGAGACUAUCGACGUGGCAAACGCCGCUCUAUACCUCGCCAGCGAUGAGGCUGCUUUCUUGACUGGUGUGAACCUGAAUGUUGAUGGCGGAAGGACGAUCUAG